UUAAAUAUGAAUGAAAUUGUAACGAUAAAACGUUAUAUAUAAUUAAAAAAAUUUUUUGUCCAUGUUACAAAAAAAAAGUGAAAAUUGGUAUUUUUGUGAUAACAAAUGAGAUGCUGCUUUUAUGUAAUCAUUCAAGUGCCAACUUAAGAUAAAAUUCUUCACACGCACCUAAAAAAUAUCGAUUUUUAUUUAUUAGUGUAUAAUAUUUGUGUUAAAAAGGAUAUCCAUAUGUUAAUUAAUAUUUAAUAGAGAUGUCUCUGUUACUUGUCAGGCCAAAAAAAUAAAACAGAACAAAUCCUAGCAAUAUCUUUUUCUUUUCAAUUAUGUUCGAUCUAUUAUAUAAAGUUCAAUAAUCGAAAUAUAAUUUUCUAAUACUUUAUUAUUAAUUUAUCUUUAAUCAAUUAAUUAUAAUGAUCUUUAAGUAUUAAUUUAUCUUUUUAAAGUUAUACAGUGUUACCUGCAUUAUUUAUGUGUAGCUCUUUUGUCCAUAUAAAUCGUGAGCAGUUUGAUCAACUCUAUAUAGUACUGAUUAUGUAUGGUUACAUAUAUUGCUACCAACACUUAUUACACUUAUCUUGUAACUCACAUAGUUUUAUAUUCUUUUGUCCUUCAAUCCACAGAUCCAUAUUGAGAUAAGCACAUACUUUUUAUUAAUAUUAAUAUAUCAACUAACUCUGAGAUGGAUUGUGAAAGUGAAGGAUACAGAAUUGAAACAGAUACAUUUGGAGAAGUAAAAGUUCCUAAUGAUAAAUAUUAUGGAGCUCAAACUGUUCGAUCGAUGAUGAACUUUGCUAUUGGUGAUGUAUUUGAACGCAUGCCUUAUGGCAUUGUUGUCGCAAUGGGAAUAUUAAAGAAAGCUGCGGCUGAAGCAAAUAAAGAAUUUGGAUUAGAUGCAAAGAUUGCUGACGCAAUUAGUAAGGCUGCAGAUGAUGUUAUAAGUGGUAAACUUUAUAACGAACAUUUUCCAUUAGUGAUUUGGCAAACUGGUUCUGGUACACAAACAAAUAUGAAUGUUAAUGAGGUAAUAUCUAAUCGCGCAAUUGAAUUACUUGGUGGAAAACUUGGAUCGAAGACACCAGUCCAUCCGAAUGAUCAUGUAAACAAAUCACAGAGUUCUAAUGAUACAUUUCCAACUGCAAUGAACAUAGCUGUAGCUUUAGAAAUUAACAAAGUACUUCUGCCAGGUUUAGAAUGUCUUUUAGAGGCAUUAAAAUGUAAAUCAGAAGAAUGGAAACAUAUAAUUAAAAUUGGAAGAACUCAUACUCAAGAUGCAGUGCCUCUUACAUUAGGACAAGAGUUUUCAGGCUAUGUGAGACAAAUUCAAAAUGGAAUUUGCAGAGUAAAAGAUACUCUUCCACGGUUAUACGAAUUACCAUUAGGUGGUACAGCUGUUGGAACAGGAUUGAAUACGCCAAAAGGAUUUAGUGAAAAGGCAAUUGCAAAAAUUGCUAAAUUAACUAAUUUACCAUUCGUGCCAACGCCAAAUUAUUUUGAAGGUCUUGCUGCACAUGAUGCUAUAGUUGAAGUACACGGUGCACUAAAUGUUGUUGCCGUAUCUAUGAUGAAGAUAGCAAAUGAUAUACGAUUUUUGGGGAGUGGUCCUCGAUGUGGUUUAGGAGAAUUAUCCUUACCAGAAAAUGAACCAGGCAGCUCGAUUAUGCCAGGAAAAGUUAAUCCUACUCAAUGCGAAGCAGUUACUAUGGUUUGUUGUCAAGUGAUGGGAAAUCUUGUUGCUACAACUAUUGCUGGAAGUAAUGGUCAUUUCGAACUUAAUGUAUUUAAACCAGUAAUGGUAACUAAUACAUUACGAUCUGCAAGAUUAUUAGGAGAUGUUGCUGUAUCGUUUACAAAGAAUUGUGUUGUCGGCAUAAAAGCGAACGAGGAACGUAUUAAAAAAUUAUUAAAUGAAAGUUUAAUGUUAGUUACUGCGCUUAAUCCGCACAUUGGAUAUGAUAAGUCUGCUACUAUUGCUAAACAAGCUCAUAAAGAAGGAACUACUCUAAAAGAAGCUGCAUUGAAAAAUGGAAUAACAGCUGAACAAUUUGAUCAAUGGGUCAAACCUGAAGACAUGCUUGGACCUAAAUAAACUUAAAGAAAAUAACCUAAAAUGUGUUAUUUUUGAAGUAGCUCAUAUUCACAAGUGUAUGCAUUUUUUAAUUAAAAAUUUUUCCCUUUAUACAAAAGACAACCGAAAAAAUUGUUCUAUAACAUUAUUAAAAUUUCAAUUAUUCUAUUAUUAGUUAUCAUCAAGCACAGUUUUAUAUUCGUCAUCGUUGAAUUACGAAAAUGACCAUAUAAAUUAUGUAUUUGGUACAAUAAAAUAAAUGUUUAUUUAUUGUUAAAUUAAUAA